UUCACGCCUAUGAUGUUCACUCCGCAAAACUAUAAUUGUCUCUUGAGAGCUACCGUCGGGUCUUCUGAUGAACGCAAACCAGGAAGUAAACAGACCAACGUAAGCGUUUUGGGAUCCCAAUGUUAUUCAUGUUACACAGCAGAAAGUCUCAAGGCAGUAGUGGUUAUGGAGCCAAACCUGUUGCCUAUUUUCUGUGGAGAGAAUAUCAACCUUCGGUGUGACAUACAGGGAGAACCAAACAAUGGUCAGUGGUGGUACCGCUGGUACAGAGGUGAUUCUCUACUGGAAGACACAGGAAAGAGUGUAAUUUCACUCAACCAGACGGAUUACCCAUUAUACGACAGUGUUUAUAAAUGUACAGCACAGAGUCCAGAGGUUUAUUUUGAAAGUGAACCUUUCAAAAUGGUUGUAAUGGCCCUGCCUACACCUAAAAUAACAAUAGAUGCCCCAAGUCCUGUGUUUCCUGGAGAAAAAGUCACUUUUAAGUGUGAGGUUAAGUCCUCAAAUGAAUGGAAAUAUAAAUGGUUUAAAAAUCACCACCUUGAACCCGUCGCUACAUCUAACACCAGCACAACCUUUAAACACGUUGUUGAGACCGAUGCUGGUACUUACUGGUGUCAGGGAGAGAAGAGAGACAGGCCCACAUCAUCACGAGCCAGUAAAGAAGCUCAUCUUCAUAUGAUACCUCUACCUAAAGCUAACCUAACAACAGAGCCACAGAGUCCCUUGUCCAAUGGGGGGAUAGUCACUCUGAAGUGUGUGAUAGAGUCUCACAAUAACUGGACAUAUAAGUGGUACAAGGACAACGAGGAGAAUGUUGUGAUUGAGGGGAACAACUUCACCAUCACCAGAGCUACUGACUCUGAUGAGGGUACAUACUGGUGUCAGGGGGUGAGAGGAGAGAGACCCACAUCAUCACAGCUCAGUAACUCAGUUUAUGUUGACAAGAAGGCUAACAGUUCUAAUCAGCUUGCAGUUGGAAUAGCGUUGGGAACAGGGAUCUCUUUUCUCUUCAUCCUUGUGGUCGUUCUGCAUCGUUUCAUAAAACACAGAGUUUUGUGUCUUCGCCAAUCAGAUCUUGCCCAACCCCAGCAAACCAUCUACCAGAACGUAGGCCAAGCCCAAAGCCAGCCUGGUGGGAGUGAAGGGGACCAAUCUCUCUAUGUGCCUCUGCAGAGGGUUACUGAAGAUGUAUAUGAGACAGUCACUGUCAGGGACAGAUAUGGGAAAGGUAACCCUUCAUCACCAUGUAAUCCAUAUCCGCUUGUGGAGUGAAGCAGCAGCAGCAGCAGCAAGUGCCUUGCUCAGAGGCACAAUGGUGGUAAUCUUGAACUCACAACCUUUACCACCACACCGGUUUUCCUUUCGUAAGCCCCGCUACCUGACCACUAUCUAUACCUCCACAACCCAUUACAAUAAAUAUCUGUUUUGUAAUGAUGCCUAUGGUGAAUACAAUUUGUGUUUACACCACAACCGUUUCUUUUUGGUAGCCCCAUUGUCUAAAAACUAUUUACACCUCCACCACCCAUAACAAAAAAUGUCUGGGAAUGUAAUCUGUGUGCACACAUUGUGUAGUUAAUACUGUGUAUUCUCCAGUAGAGGGCACAAGUGAACUCACAAUGAUAAUUCCUAACUCUCCACCCCACUUGAAUAGCCAUCAUCAUGUGCAGUCUAAUGCUGACCUUUUUUUGUUCAUUUACUGAGUAUAAUAUUAUGCUAAGAGACAGAGACAUUUGAAUAAGGAGGAAAACCUUUUGGGACUUUAAAUGGCACCCCCCCCCCCCCCCCCCCCUGCAUGAUAUUAUUGCUAAUGUUGUUAGAACCCUGUUCUACGCCAAUGUAGCCUUCAGAAAGUUCUGUAAGAUUCUGUUGGGUUUUGGUAUGUCUUUUGAUAUGGUUUGUCAUGUAGUGAGUGAAGAGUUUGUGAGCUAUUCAGCAGAAAACAAUGGGUGUGGAGAAGAAUGCAUACUGUAUGUAUGUAUGUGGAAUGUAAAUAAGUCAAUUUGAUGUAAAUACAGUGUUCUUUUGCAAAGUUAUUUACUUUACUGACUCAUCUAAGAAAGGGUAAAAAGCCUGAAUAUAUAUAUAGUGUUCCCUUGUAAUUGAAAGAUAUCAUCAAUCACACAGGUUAUACAUUUAUGUCCCUUCUGCUUCCUGUCAGAUGGGUGGCUGGGGAGGUGUUGCAGAAUCUGUCAGAGAAUCUGCUGUGCCGAGUGUGACGCAAUUUCUCAGAAUGUUCUAAAAAUGUAGGCCUACUCUCUACAAAAGUACACUGUUGACAUACACUUCCACAUUAAAGUAAGGCUACAUUGCCAAAUUAAAUUUAGUGUUAGUUACAAUUUGUCAUCUUUGUCAGGCUUUAAGUAAACUGUUUAAGUGUGCCCAUUUGGAAGAAUUCUAUAUACUGUAUGUGUAUGUCUACUUUUAUAAUACAUCAACAGUGUAUUCACACACAUGUGACUCCUUUCAUAUAGUUCAAAAAGUUAUAUUUAAGGUACCUUUCUAUGUUUGCUGUCAUAUGUUAUUUGGCUGUAUCUAUACUUGAAUCAUUCCUUUUGUGACCUAUAAAAUUGUUGAUGUAGAUGUCCCAUCUUAUACACAUUAAUUGAACCAAAAAAGAAAAUGCGAAAAUAGAGACUUUUGUGUAAUUAUUCCAUAUUUUGUGUAGUCAUUCUAUAUCAGAAUCCCUGACAUACAUUCCAAAUAUUCUACAAGAAACAACAGAGUGUUACCUUUCAUUUGAGAUCAGGAUUAUGCUUCUACACCAAGAGGUUACCACACAGUAAUCUUUCUAUUGUCUGAAUGUUAAAGUGAGGGUGUGUGCAUGUGUGUAACCAACAACCAACAAGCUGAAAUGAAGGAUGUGAUAAUGUAACUUGCAAUAUGCGCCAUGCAACUUGACUACGCAUUAAAUUUAGUGCUAGUUAGAUUUGUCAUCUUUGUCAGGCUUUAAGUAAACUGUUUAAGUGUGCCCAUUUGGAAGA